AUGAAUAUCAUUCAUGGAGCAGGCGAAUUUACAGCAGAUGAAGUGCGGGCGUAUCGUCAACAAAUAUACCAGAAUGCCAUAUCCGCGAUGAGAGUAUUACUGGAUGCUAGAAAUAAGCUGAAUAUACCUUGGGAGAAGGCUGAAAGGCAGCAAAAUGUGAAUAAAAUUAUGAAAUUUACUGUGGCCGAUCUUCUGAAAGGAAUAGAUUACACAACAUUUGCCGAUGUUGCUCCUGUUAUUCAAGAUUUUUGGGAUGAUGCUGCAGUCAAGCAAGCGUUUGAACAACGAAACCUGUUCCAGAUUAGUGACUCUUGUCAAUAUUUUUUCGAUCAUCUCAGCAGAAUUGCCAUGCCUAACUUUCAUCCCACGAAUAAGGAUAUUCUAUAUUGCCGAAAGGCAACUCGAGGAAUAUGCGAGCAUACCUUUAUUAUCAAUAAGAUUCCUUUUAGGUUUAUUGAUGUUGGUGGCCAAAGAUCUCAGCGGCAAAAAUGGUUUCAGUGUUUUACUGAUAUUACUAGUAUAUUAUUUAUGGUGGCUUCAAACGAGUAUGAUCAGGUGAUACUCGAAGACCGCAGAACAAACCGGGUGGUUGAGUCACGAUCCGUGUUCGAGACUAUUGUCAACAAUCGAGCGUUUACGAAUGUUUCUAUCAUCCUAUUCAUGAAUAAAAGUGACUUGUUAAAAGGUGAGUCACUUGGAUACUUUUUCUAA